CGAAUGAAUGAACGCGAGCAAAACUCCAGAUGCAGCGGGACCAAUGCACAGACAGCAAGCUUACACAGGUGUGUGUAUCGUGGGAAGGAGAGGGCAAGUAUCCUGUCCCAGCCUGGGCCAGCCACAGAGUAAAUCCAUAAAUUCUAAACAUCCCGUGAAUUGAGCUACAGAGUCAGAAGGACGCAAGAUUCGGAAACAUCAAACCGAUUGCAUCCGCAGUCGAACGGUGACUUAAACCUGUUGUAGGGCCAAUUCACGUUCUGAGAUUGACCCAGAUCACUCAGAGGAGAAUGCUGUCUGCCUCUUCAGGAGCUGAGGUCCAGUGCAACAUUACAAUUGAAUACCUCAACCCAGCUGGCCAGGCGAUCAAGCGCAAAACAAUUCGCAAUGCCAUUGUCACCCUCGGGCGCAAUGAAUUCCGUGACAUCCUUCUCCGGGUACACGAUGGCAAGCUGUCUCAAAGCUUUGUCCUACGUGAAAUCCAACUUUUCACGCAGUUUAUUCGGGAUGGAAAGAGUUCCAUCAAACUGAUUCCUGAUAAUAUUCAGAUCCUAGUUUCGAACUGUCCACCAGAUAACCUUAAAGUACUCUUUAAAACUCUUUCCGUAAAAUAUGCUGCAGAUAAGAAGGCCAGCAAACCAGUCAGUGAGCGAACCCGGCUGCUGUCCACCCUCCCAAGGACGUUUGAUACAAUCAGCCCAGUACAAGCACAGGACGUGGAAAGGGCUAAUGGGCUUAAAUCACACAGAACUGUGCAAACACCAAUUUCAACCAAGGGGCUGAAGAAUCAAAUAAACAACAUUGGGCCAAGCAGAAACAUAAAACGACCCCGGAGCAUCUCAUCAGAAAACUGUCUGGUCACUGAGCUAAAGUCUGUUAAAAAGCCCACGUUGUCAAUGCCAAGUGGACGGAAGCUCACAAAGGAACAGUCACAAAUCCUUAGCAUGAUCCUAAAAGGAAAGAACGUCUUCUUCACUGGAAGUGCUGGAACUGGAAAAUCAUUUUUACUGAAGAGAAUUGUGGGAGCAUUGCCGCCAAAAAGUACUUAUGCAACAGCGAGUACUGGAGUGGCUGCCUGUCACAUUGGUGGAACAACUCUCCAUGCAUUUGCAGGAAUUGGUUCAGGAAAAGCUCCCUUACACCAAUGUGUAGAACUUGCUCAGAGACCUGGGAUUAAAAAACACUGGCAAAACUGCAGACACCUUAUCAUAGAUGAAAUCUCCAUGGUAGAAGGAGAAUUCUUUGACAAGCUUGAAGCAGUGGCCAGAAUUGUUCGUGAAAGAGAUGAGCCAUUUGGUGGAAUCCAGCUAAUAGUUUGUGGAGAUUUUCUACAGCUUCCUCCUGUGUCCCAAAAUAAAGAAAAAUACAAACUUUGUUUCCAGGCUAAGAGUUGGCAAAAAUGUAUCCAGGUAAACCUGGAACUAACAGAGGUCCGAAGGCAAACUGAUAAAAAGUUCAUUGCAAUAUUGCAGUCGAUUCGUCUUGGGAAGUGUCCAGAAGAAGUUGCAGUCCAAUUGAUCAACACAGCCAACCAAAAAAUUGAUCGAGAUGGAAUCUUAGCAACGCGACUUUGCACACACAAGGAUGAUGUGAAAUUGACUAAUGAGCACAGGCUCCAGCAAUUACCAGGGGAGUUGCACACAUAUCAAGCUAUUGACAGUGAUCCCAUGUUUGUACAAACGUUAAAUACCCAAUGUCCUGUGGGUCAGACGCUGCAGCUGAAGAAAGGGGCUCAGGUGAUGCUGACUAGAAACCUGGACAUUGACAGGGGAAUGGUAAAUGGUGCUCGAGGUGUUGUCAUUGGCUUUGAACCUGGAAACCAAUCACUUCCCCAGGUGAGAUUUUUGUGCGGUGUAACGGAGACGAUAAAGCCAGAACGUUGGAUGGUUAAAGCUUUAGGUGGCUCCUACUUGACGAGACACCAGCUGCCUCUGAAGUUAGCCUGGGCCAUCUCCAUUCACAAGAGUCAGGGCAUGUCAUUAGACUGUGUGGAGAUCUCUCUGGCACGUGUGUUUGAAAGCGGGCAGGCAUAUGUGGCACUCUCUCGUGCUCGAAGCUUGGAAGGUCUUCGAGUGAUGGACUUUGACAGGAGAGUGGUGCAUGCUAACACUGAUGUCCUACAUUUUUAUGGCAAAUUAAAAAAAGAAAGGGCCCUGAUGCAGUCUUCACUGGAUGGUUACAUUGAAAUAGAAAAUCAGGAAAACAAGAUUCCUGGAGGACUAUAGGGUGCUUUAUGAUGCAAAUCCUGCUCUUCACCAUCAUCCUCUGAGAAGCUCCAAUUUAAUAUUGAUUGUUGUAACUUAUGCUAGUCUUAUAUAGGUUUUAUAAACACUGGUCUUGUCCUUUUUUUUAUAUUUCAAAUUAAUAAUUGGGUCUUAAUUGUGGCAUUAGAGCAGAAACUAGUGCUGUGGAAUGACAAAUGUCAACGGCAAUUUUGUAAUCGCCAACAAUGUUACUUCUGUUUUCUAUCACAUAAAUAAACUGAUUUUGUAGAAUAAAAUCAA